UUGCUCUUCUGCACUUGUGAAAUAAAGUCACAGUUUUUUUCCAUUAAAAAAUAGGUAGAAAAUAUGUCAGCUACAGAGGGAAAAGUAAUCAUAUGUAAAGCAGCUGUCGCUUGGGAGGCGAAGAAACCACUUGUUAUAGAAGAUAUCGAAGUAGCGCCACCAAAGGCACAUGAAGUGCGAAUUAAAAUAGUGGCAACCGGUGUUUGCCAUACCGAUGCAUUUACUUUGAGUGGCGACGAUCCCGAGGGUCUGUUCCCCUCCGUGCUGGGCCACGAGGGCGCCGGCAUUGUGGAGAGCGUUGGCGAGGGUGUUACCAAUUUCAAGGCAGGCGAUCAUGUAAUUGCUCUGUACAUUCCCCAAUGCAACGAGUGCAAGUUCUGCUUGAGCGGUAAAACCAAUCUCUGCCAAAAGAUUCGUGUCACCCAGGGCGCUGGUGUAAUGCCCGAGGGCACCUCACGUCUCAGUUGCAAGGGCAAGAAGUUGUUCCACUUCAUGGGUACCUCCACAUUCUCGGAGUACACAGUCGUUGCUGAUAUUUCGGUGACCAAAGUAAAUGAGACUGCGCCUCUGGAUAAGGUGUGUCUCCUUGGUUGUGGUAUUUCUACGGGCUACGGCGCUGCCCUGAACACCGCCAAUGUGCAGCCCGGCAGCACAUGUGCGGUUUGGGGUCUGGGCGCCGUUGGCUUAGCUGUUGGUCUCGGCUGCAAGAAGGCGGGCGCUGGCAAGGUCUACGGCAUAGACAUCAACCCCUCAAAAUUCGAAUUGGCCAGGAAAUUUGGCUUCACGGACUUUGUGAAUCCCAAAGACGUUGCUGACAAGGGCGCCAUUCAAAACUAUCUGAUUGAUCUGACCGAUGGCGGCUUCGAUUAUACAUUUGAAUGCAUUGGCAACGUAAACACCAUGCGCGCUGCUCUGGAAGCUACACACAAGGGCUGGGGUACAUCGGUUGUGAUUGGCGUGGCUGGUGCAGGCCAGGAGAUCUCAACCCGACCAUUCCAAUUGGUUGUGGGUCGUGUGUGGAAGGGAUCCGCUUUUGGUGGCUGGCGUUCGGUUUCCGAUGUACCCAGGCUUGUAGAGGACUACUUGAAGAAGGAUCUCCUUGUGGAUGAGUUCAUUACGCAUGAGAUGCCAUUGGCCAAAAUUAACGAAGCUUUCGAUCUGAUGCACAAGGGAGAAAGCAUUCGUAGCAUUAUUAAGUACUAAGAAGUUGCAAUUAUCAUGUUUUCACUUUUUUUAUACUGCAAAGGUGUCAAACAUUUCAAUUUAUAAAGCAAUGUGGUUCCUGUGCACGCACACAUAUGAAGUAAAAUACUGAUAAGGGUAUUUCAUGGUGUGGUUGUAAUAGUUACACUCACCAAACUAAAAUCGCUUAUCUGUUGCUUAUCGCCUCGUUUCAAAUAAAUAUUAAUAAAUAUG